UUGUUUAAAAAAUUCAAAAUAUCUGUAUUUUGUGUUUGAGAGUAUAGGCACCAGAUCUGUUUGCAAUAUGAAUGUUGCACAUACAUUCGUUAGAAUACAAAUUACACUACAAGGAUUCUAGAAACUGUCUAUUUUUGGGUGUCAGUAUGACUGAUACAGAUGCUCCAGGCACAGUGUCUACACUGCAGCAACAUGUCAACGAAUGGAGGAAGCGUGUCAAGUCUGAGUAUGUGAGGCUGAGGGCACAAAAGAGACUGAAACGUACUGAUGAAAUAAGGAGCAGUUUUGCCAGCAAUCGCAGGAGCAUCAAUGAGGCAGUAGAGCAACAAAAUGAGUGGUGGAAACGACAAAGUGUACAGCCCCUGCAUGCACCAGAGACCUUUAGCUACAUGCCAGUCACCAAAAUGUGUGAGGUGAAGAGUGGUAUGAAGUUUCCUCCCCAGAUGGCGCCCCUCAGGAUGUUUAAUGCCAUACCUACUAUCCCUGUGAUGUACACCUGGGCGCCAUUGCAGCAGAACUAUAUGGUGGAAGACGAAACUGUGUUGCACAACAUCCCCUAUAUGGGUGAUGACAUUUUGGAGCAGGAUGGAGCUUUCAUUGAGGACCUCAUUAAACACUAUGAUGGCAAAGUUCACAGUGACAGGGAAGGGAAUUUCAUCGAGGAUGAUGUAUUUGUUGACUUGGUCAAAGCACUCACUACCUUGGCUCCUGAAGUGGAGAGGGAGAUGGGUCAGCCCAGCAGCAGUUCUGACGAUGGUCCAAGUGAGCUGAUAUUUGAAGCCAUUGCCAGCAUGUUUCCAGACAAAGGCAGUGCAGAGGAGCUGAAAGAGAAAUUUAAAGAGUUGACUGAAGUGAAGGACCAGAACAUUCUUCCGCCCGAGUGUACCCCCAGUAUAGAUGGUCCCAGUGCGGAGAGUGUGCCCAGAGAGCAAACCAUGCACUCCUUCCACACACUCUUCUGUAGGAGGUGUUUUAAAUAUGACUGCUUUCUUCACCCAUACCACCCCACACCUAGCAUGUUGGCAAGGAAGACACCAGAUGUGAAAACAGAUUCCGAUCCAUGUGGACCAGAUUGCUUUCUACACGAAGAGAAUGUAAAUAGAGAAAUCCCAGAUUCAAUCAAAGGCAUCAAAAGUUCUCCCAGGGCGAAGAAGCGUAAACAUGGCAGCCAUCCGUCCACAGUGCCCAGUGCCAUUGCAGAUGACAGUGAAAAGAGUUCAGACUCUUCAGCCUUUGUGCCCAAUUCAUUUAAAGAGUUGACUGAAGUGAAGGACCAGAACAUUCUUCCGCCCGAGUGUACCCCCAGUAUAGAUGGUCCUAGUGCGGAGAGUGUGCCCAGAGAGCAAACCAUGCACUCCUUCCACACACUCUUCUGUAGGAGGUGUUUUAAAUAUGACUGCUUUCUUCACCCAUACCACCCCACACCUAGCAUGUUGGCAAGGAAGACACCAGAUGUGAAAACAGAUUCCGAUCCAUGUGGACCAGAUUGCUUUCUACACGAAGAGAAUGUAAAUAGAGAAAUCCCAGAUUCAAUCAAAGGCAUCAAAAGUUCUCCCAGGGCGAAGAAGCGUAAACAUGGCAGCCAUCCGUCCACAGUGCCCAGUGCCAUUGCAGAUGACAGUGAAAAGAGUUCAGACUCUUCAGACCAGUCAUCGAGCUCUAAGAAAUCAGAUACAAGCUGUGACUGGGCAGGAGCAGAGUGUUCUCUGUUCAGGUGUCUUCAUGAUGUUUACUACAAUAAUUACUGCACCAUGUCCAAAUUGAUAGGAACAAAGACUUGUAAACAGGUGUAUGAGUUUGCACAGAAAGAAGCCAAACACAUCCCUGAGGUAGAUGCAGACAAAGAUCGAACUCCACCUAGGAAAAAGAAAAAGAAGCAGAGGCUUUGGUCUAUGCAUUGCCGUAAGAUUCAGUUGAAGAAAGAAGGUCCAUCUAACCACGUGUACAACUACCAGCCCUGUGAUCACCCAGGCAUCAAAUGUGAUGAAACGUGUCCCUGUGUGAUGGCUCAAAACUUUUGUGAGAAAUACUGCCAGUGCUGCCCAGAUUGUACAAACCGUUUCCCAGGCUGCCGUUGUAAAGCCCAGUGCAAUACCAAACAGUGUCCCUGCUUUCUGGCUGUCAGAGAAUGUGACCCUGACCUUUGUGGAAUGUGUGGUGCUGAUCAAUUUGAUAGUAAGAAAUUUUCAUGCAGAAAUGUCAGCGUACAGAGGGGACUAAGAAAGCAUCUACUACUAGCACCAUCUGAUGUGGCGGGGUGGGGAAUAUUUCUUAAGGAAGCAGCAGAGAAAAAUGAAUUUAUAUCAGAGUACUGUGGAGAGAUUAUAUCUCAGGAUGAGGCUGAUAGAAGAGGAAAGGUGUAUGAUAAAUAUAUGUGCAGUUUUUUGUUCAAUCUAAACAAUGAUUAUGUGGUUGACGCAACACGCAAAGGAAACAAAAUCCGGUUUGCUAACCAUUCUGUAAAUCCCAAUUGUUAUGCCAAGGUGAUGAUGGUGAAUGGGGACCACCGCAUUGGUAUAUGUGCUAAGAGACCAAUCCAGGCAGGAGAGGAACUCUUCUUUGACUACAGAUAUGGUCCAACUGAACAGCUGAAAUUUGUGGGGAUUGAACGCGAAACAGAGGUAUGCUAAGUCACUGCCAGGUAGCUUGGAAACAUUUUGCCAGAAGUUAAGCUGUAAGACUAUCAUUUACCUGACCAUCCUUAGGAUUUGGAAGUUUAAAUAUAUGGACUAGGAGACUUGCACAGGGCAUUUUAUGCAUUUGUUUUUGGCCAAGUGUUCCAGUUUGCUGAUAUUAUGAUGAAGUUAGUUGUCAUUUCACUUGUGGGUUGAUCUUCCUGAAUUAUACAUCCCAGCAAAAUAACAAUCCUGGUGUAUAGAA